AUCUAUGGUAACGGAUAACGAUCUCCGCUAUCUGUCAAAUGUCAACAAUUGGUCAACAGAUAACACCCAGAUUAAUAAUAAAAUACGAAUAAAAAAAACGUAUACAAAAUCCGAAUAACAUUAUUUACCUCGUUAUUAUUUUUCUGGUAUUUAUAACGUUGUUUGUGUUUAUACGAAGUUGAAAAAUGACUAAACUAAUUGAUAUUAAAGCCAUAAUAUCACAUAUCUUGUGCGGCGAUGGAUUAGAUAAAUGCCGUAUUUGUAUGGGUAGUACUCAAGAAGGUCAAGUUUUCUUAGGGGACACGGUCAUGAAAGAUGGAGGAAAAUCAGUCACAUUGGGAGAAAUCCUCCUAAGCAUAACGGGAUUACAGAUGCAUCCCAACGAAGAUGUAUGCCCAAAUGGUGUCUGUGCAGCCUGCACGAAUCUAGCAAUAUCUGCUUUCCAAUUUCGUAUAUUGGUGAAAUACUCCCAAAAUGCAUGGAGUAAUUGCUUCAAUUCUAUCAAUUUUAUUGAUGAAGAACACUGCCCGCAGUCAACAUAUCUCAUAUUUAACGACAAUCUCACCUUGCAAAGUAUCAAACACUUCGAUGGUGACAUGAAGAGUUUCGUCAAACAUUUCAUAAAUAAACCAAAAAUAUUCCACGAGAAACCAGAGAAGAAAGAGAGGAUAUCCAGAAACGGCCCGAAUUGUGCAUGCAGCGAUUGUGGAAAAGAGUUUCACAGUCCGUAUUAUUUAAAUUUACAUUUGAAAAACAGCAGUCUCAAAGAAGCGUGUUGGCUCUGUGCACGGAUGUUUGGCAGGGGCAGAGAGAUGAAGUCCCAUUUGCAGAACGUGCAUAAGAUAGAAAUGAUUGUGUGUAAUGAUUGUCCUUUACUUUUCAAAAAUGAGACAGACGCCGAGGCACACAUUAAGAAAUGCCACUCUGGGAAUGCGUAUACAUGUAUUGAUUGUGGGAGUACGUUCAGCAAACGCGCCUCCCUGGGCUAUCAUAGCCAGAUGCAUGCUGUACGGACAUGCAGAUUAUGCGACGCACAGUUCGCCAAUAGAGGCUGUUAUAGAUACCACAGAUCCAAAUGUGAACCGAACGCCAAACCUAACCUAAAAACUCUCCCACGGAACAAACGCUCCAAUGUUCGCGACCCCGCGAGGUUUAUUUGCGAUUACUGUAAGAAAGUCUACCCAACACGUCCCCAACUGCAAAAUCACAUAAUUUGGAUUCACAUGGACAAGAGGCCGCAUCAGUGCCAGUGGUGUGGUAAAAGGUUUUAUACCUCCGCUCGUCUCUCCGAACACAGCGUCGUUCACACGCGGGAAAGGAAAUUCGCCUGUGACAUUUGCGGCAUGAAACUUGUAUCCAAGAUGGCCGUCGUUUACCAUAGACGACGGCACACGGGCGAGAAGCCGUACGAGUGUGAGGAUUGCGGGGAGCGCUUUAUAUCUUCGUCGAGAAGAUCAGAUCACGUCAAACGGAAGCAUGGGAAGGGAUUGAAGCUGGAGUGUGGGUUUUGCAAGACUGCGUUCGUAAGGAAUCAUGAACUACAGAAGCAUAUUAAGAAAAUGCACUGGAUGGACGAGAGUGAUGUGAAAAAUGAUGCGCUGAAAUUGCAGUCUUAGUUUAUAUAUUCAUUUCUUCAGGUAUUAAUCCGAACACUUCAUGGCAAAUGCGAUAGAAGAUGCAUAGUGACCCCACAUCUCUACGCAACAGGAUCAAGCUGCUAAUUAAAUUUCUGAAUGUUUGUAUAAGUAUAAUAAAGUAAAUGUAAAGCCGAAAAGAAGAAGCCAAACAGAAUCCAAAAAAGAAAUAUACUUCUUUUGGCGGGUUAGGAAAAAUAGUAAGAGUAAUGGUCAACAUUUUAGUUUUUUUUUUUAUAUUUUUGGUGUCUUUUCUACCAAAAGAUUAAAGUGAAAGAUAAAAAUUUUGAAAAGAUAUUUAUCUUGUUACUCCAAAGAAGUAUAAAACCCGUGUACAUAAGUUUACACCUUUUUUUAAUAAAACUAAUAUAUUUCUAAGCCAAUUAUAUUUAAAAAUCUAUUAAAUUAUCUAAUGCAAUUAGUGUAUUUUAUGAAUAUGGCAAUAAUUUGAAUGACGCAACCAAUUAUGGACAGUAGAAUUUUGUUUUUAAUUAUUAUUUUAAUUCGGUUUUUAAUGGACAUCUCUGAAUGUGGUUAGUGUAUCAAUUUAACACUAGGAGGUGAUGUGGACACUGUGUUUUCAGACCUAUUUUUAAUAAAAACUAAAUUUGAAGCC